UAACUACUAACACUUCUCAAUUCACAGCGCAAAGGGUGACUCAUAAAGUUUUGAACGAGUUUUCUCAACCGGCAUUUUAGAAAAGCUUGUCAUCAACAGUGAAUCAGUAAAUCAGUGUUUACAAACAGAACUUCAAUUUUCCAAAAUUUUGUGAGCAUUUUAUUCAAGCAAACUGGCGAAAACGAUGGAAGCGAUCGACCGCACAUUUUACCAUGAUGAUGGACAUGGUUUAAAACUUGAAAACAAUCAAGUGAAUCAGUUAAAACGAAAGAUGACAUUAGAUUUCAACUCAGGAUCAACAAAAACGAAACAGCAAAAGGUAACAAACUUACUUGCUUCUCCUGACUUGAACAUGUUAAAAUUGGCAUCACCAGAAUUGGAGAAAAUGAUCAUCCAAGCAAAUGGACUGGUCACGACCACGCCAACACCAACACAGUUCAUAUUUCCCAGACAUGUCACUGAAGAGCAGGAACAGUACGCACGGGGAUUCGUUGAGGCACUGGCAGAGCUCCAUCAAAUAAAACCCCCACCAACCUCAGGGACCCAGUCAUUACCCUCACAGUCAUCAACUCGAAACAGUGUCAAGGUGGAGGAUUCUGAAAGUGAAGACGACUCCCAGGAUUCUUAUUCCAAUAAUGAGGGCAUCAUCUCUCUGACCUCCACAACUUCUCUUCCAGGGGGGUUGGCAGUGGGAGCCGCAAAUAUUCCUCGUAUUGCCACAAACUUUUCUCAAAUGAACUCUCGAAUUGAUGACAUCAAAGAGGAACCACAGACUGUCCCAUGUGUCGGUUCCCCACCCCUGUCUCCUAUUAACAUGGACAAUCAGGAAAAAAUCAAACUGGAACGAAAAAGAGCCAGAAAUAGGGUGGCAGCCAGAAAGUGUCGAACCCGAAAAUUGGAACGCAUUGCAAGACUUGAGGAACGUGUGGCUGAAUUGAAAGGACAAAAUAACCAAUUGGCAACUUCUGCCACUACCCUCAGAGACCAAGUGUGCAAACUCAAACGACAGAUCAUUGAGCAUGUGAACAGUGGAUGCUCAAUCAUGAUCUCUUCAUCUCUGCAGCUUUGAUAAACUUGAAGUCCCAAAGAAGUGCCUAUAUUGUGUUCCUUUUUGUUAUGCCCAAUUCUCAGAGUGCCAAUAUUAUUCUGAUGGUGGAUGAAAUGUUCAUGACAUUCAGUUUCUAUACUAAAAUUUUGUGGAAAAUUAACUUUUUGUUUCAUUCUCUGUAUUUUAAGAUUUUCUUUGUUGUGUUGUAUGUCAUUAUGUUAUGGAACACAGAAAACCUUGAGAAUACGAGGGAAUCAAAUAAUUCACAAUUUCAUCAUUUGUUAUGAAUUUCUAUGUUUUUCUAAGAUCAACUCUGCAGAAUUCUGCAUGAUUCAUUUGUAAAUCCAUCCACAUUAUAUUAUUAUUGACAUGAUAUUGCUUUUUAUGUUAUAUCUUUUUUACAUUUGAUACUGAUUAAAUUAUUUUUUAUAGUAUAA